AUGCAACAGGCCUGUGUUAAUCCUCAGAUUGCUAACAUAUUCAAUCAAGUUGACCAAAACAGAAAUGGAACCAUAUCUGCAGACGAACUGCAGCGGGCAUUAGCCAACGGAUUAAACACACCAUUCAACAUCAAAACAAUUGAAUUAAUGAUGUGUAUGUUCGACAGAGAUAUGAGUGGUACAAUGAAUUUAAAUGAAUUUGCUCAAUUAUUUGGUUAUAUACAACAAUGGCAACAAUGUUUUCAAUCAUUUGACAGAGAUAGAUCUGGUUCAAUGAAUAGUAACGAAUUUCAUACUGCUUUAACAACCUUUGGCUAUCGAUUAUCUGGGCAAUUUGCAGAAUUUUUAGUCCGUAAAUUUGAUAGACGUCGUUGCGGUUCAAUAGGAUUUGAUGAUUUUAUCUGUGCAUGUGUUUGCUUAAAGAAUUUAACUGAUGGCUUCAAAGUUUACGAUCAUCAACGUAGUGGAAUGGCACAAUUUAAAUAUGAAGAAUUUUUAACUGUUGCUUUCAGUGUAGUCAGUUAA